AUGCGUGAGUGUAUUUCAAUUCAUGUUGGUCAAGCUGGUGUUCAAAUUGGUAAUGCUUGUUGGGAGUUGUAUUGCUUGGAGCAUGGUAUUCAACCUGAUGGUCAAAUGCCUUCUGAUAAAACAAUUGGUGGUGGUGAUGAUUCAUUCAAUACAUUUUUCAGUGAAACUGGUGCAGGCAAACAUGUGCCUCGUGCAGUUUUUGUAGACUUGGAACCAACAGUUGUAGAUGAGGUUCGGACGGUACUUAUAGACAAAGAUGCAGCUAAUAAUUAUGCAAGAGGACAUUAUACAAUUGGCAAAGAAAUUGUAGAUCUGGUACUAGAUCGUAUUCGUAAACUGGCAGAUCAGUGUACUGGUCUUCAAGGUUUCUUGCUUUUCCACUCAUUUGGUGGUGGUACAGGAUCAGGUUUUACAUCUUUACUUAUGGAACGUUUGAGUGUGGAUUAUGGAAAAAAGUCUAAAUUAGAAUUUGCAAUCUAUCCAGCGCCUCAGAUUUCAACGGCCGUGGUAGAGCCAUAUAAUUCAAUCUUAACUACUCACACCACACUUGAACAUUCUGACUGUGCAUUUAUGGUGGAUAAUGAGGCUAUUUAUGACAUAUGCAGACGUAAUCUGGAUAUUGAACGACCAACAUACACGAAUUUGAACCGUCUGAUUGGUCAAAUUGUCAGUUCAAUUACCGCAUCACUUCGAUUUGACGGUGCUCUAAAUGUUGAUUUAACAGAAUUUCAAACAAACCUCGUACCAUAUCCUCGAAUUCACUUUCCUUUGGCCACUUAUGCACCAGUAAUUUCUGCGGAAAAAGCCUACCAUGAACAGUUGAGUGUUGCAGAAAUUACCAAUGCCUGUUUUGAACCAGCUAACCAAAUGGUGAAAUGUGACCCACGUCACGGAAAGUAUAUGGCUUGUUGUAUGCUGUAUCGCGGAGAUGUUGUACCGAAAGAUGUGAAUGCUGCUAUAGCUACAAUCAAAACUAAGAGAACAAUUCAAUUUGUAGACUGGUGUCCAACAGGAUUUAAGGUUGGCAUCAAUUAUCAACCACCAACAGUUGUACCAGGCGGUGAUUUAGCUAAGGUGCAACGAGCUGUCUGUAUGUUAAGCAACACAACUGCUAUUGCUGAAGCUUGGGCACGUUUAGAUCAUAAAUUUGAUCUAAUGUAUGCUAAACGUGCAUUUGUUCAUUGGUAUGUUGGUGAAGGUAUGGAAGAAGGAGAAUUCUCUGAAGCCCGUGAAGAUUUAGCAGCACUAGAAAAGGAUUAUGAAGAAGUUGGUGUUGACAGUGUGGAUGCUGAAGGUGAAAAUGAAGAAGGUGAAGAAUAUUAA